AUGGUGCUUCCUUUGUAACUUCCAGAACUUUCCGAGGCAGAAACACACCCACUUGCUAUUUGAGGAAAAUGGGUUAAAUAAAAUAACAAUAUUGCUUCCAAGAUGUCUCGAAUGUUCUUAUUAAUUAUCCUUUUAUUCUAUAUAAUAUUCUAUUUUCUACCACUCUCCACUAUUAACUUUAUUCUAUAUAAACCCUCAGAACACUCCUUUAGCUUUCUUCCUUGAUAGGUAUGAUUGAUGACAAACACUCCAUUCUGUUUUUCUAUUAACUGUCUAAACGACUUUCUAUACAAGGAAAAAGAGUCCUCUGCAUUCUCGUUUCAGAAACCAAAUUCCAAACCUUCACUUCUUCCCCACGUUCCACUGAUUAAUCACUCCCCCAAUCCCAUUCGCUCUUAUUUUACUCUGUUUUCAUAUUCUUCUUCUUAUUGCUCCUCUGUUUUAAUGUAUUUUCAUUUGUUAGUUGUAAUUUUCUUCUCUGUUUUGGUUUAAGUUUUCGUUAGUUUGUUUCCACGUAAUGAAGAAACCUCGUAUCACAGACAUGAACCUGAAACAACGUCAUCAUUAGAACAAUCAAAAUUAACAUAUCGAAAUCAUAACCCAUUAACCCAAAAGGGUUUGUUGAUUUUCCAAAAAGAAAAUGAAUUAUCUCUACCCAGUGAAAGAAGAGUACUUAGAAUCACCACCACCACAACCAUCAUCAUCAUCAACGUCUUACACAGACGGUGAUGAAGAAUCAAUGGUUUCUCUUCCAAGGCCAAUGGAGGGUCUUCAUGACAUAGGACCACCCCCAUUUCUGACGAAGACCUUCGAUGCAGUGGAAGACCCCACCACAAGUCACAUAGUUUCAUGGAGCCGAAGCGGUAUCAGCUUUGUGGUUUGGGAUCCACACGCUUUCUCCAGAGACCUUCUUCCCAGAUACUUCAAACACAACAAUUUCUCAAGCUUUGUUAGACAACUAAACACAUACGGUUUUAGGAAAAUUGAUCCUGAUAGAUGGGAGUUUGCAAAUGAAGGAUUCCUGAGAGGGCAAAGGCACUUGUUGGGAAACAUAAGGAGAAGGAAGCAACCAUCACAACCUUCUACUUCCCAACAAGCACAAGGUCACUGUGUUGAAGUUGGUCGUUUUGGACUUGAUGAAGAGGUUGAUCGUUUGAGGCGUGACAAGCAGGUGUUAAUGGUGGAGCUUGUGAGGCUUAGACAGCAGCAACAGAACACAAGGUCUUAUCUUGAGGCAAUGGAGGAAAGGCUAAGAGGGACAGAAAUUAAGCAGCAACAAAUGAUGGCUUUCUUAGCUAGAGCUUUGAAAAAUCCAAUCUUUAUACAGCAGCUACUUCAACAAAAGGAUAAAAGGAGGGAGCUUGAGGAGGCCAUGUCUAAGAAGAGGAGAAGGCCAAUUGAGCAAGGACCUCGUGGUGUUGGAGAAUCAAGCAGUGGAGGUGAAAGAAGGAACAGUGUUAAAGCUGAGCCCCUAGUGUUUGGGGAAUAUGGGUUUGAAGUUUCAGAGUUGGAAGCGCUAGCUAUGGAGAUGCAAGGUUUUAGAAGGGGUAGGAGAGAACAAGAGGAAGAGAAUGAGGAACUAGAAUCACAAGAGAGGCUAGAGAAAGAGCUUGAUGAAGGGUUUUGGGAAGAACUGUUUAGCGAGAGUUUUGAGGGUGAAUUAGACAUUCCAACGUCUCAAGGGGAUGAUGAAGAUGUUAAUGUGUUAGCAAAUCGCUUAGGUUACUUGGGUUCAAGUCCAAAGAGAAAUCAAGAUAAACCUUUUUGAUUAGUUAACUAGGUUCAGAGGAGGGUGGAGUCAACCCAAUUGGCAAGAGAGUAGAAUUACCAAGCAGGAUAAAAUGAUUUACUUUUUGGUGUUUCUAACCCCAUUAUAUGUCCUUUUGUAGCACUUGGCAGAACCUCAAUUUCUCACUUUUCUCUAUGUUUGAUUAGGUAGGUUGCAGCUGUUGCUUGGACAAGAAUCUGUGGUAGUGAUAUGAUCGUUAUUUACUCAAGAUUAUUCAGAAGAUGUAGAAUGGAUACGAAGUAGCUGAUCUCCAAGAAUCAUAACUGAAUGUUGCUUUUGAAUCAAGACCCUGUUGGUGGUUACCUUUGUCGGUUUGAUUUUUUCCCCACUUUCUACUUUUUCAUUGUUUGGACUUUGUCAUGUGGUCAGAAAUAAAGCGAGACCAGACCACCAUCGACGAAUUUGAUGAUGUUACAUGGGGACAAUUUUGUUAGGUAUCUUCGUGUUUUCAUGUUUCCGUUCUCGCUUAAAACUUAAAACAAAAUAACAAAAAUUCAUUUGCGGCUCCUCAAGACGGAACGUGUCAAAUGUCUAGAGCAGAAUGAUCAAGAGUGAAAGUGACCAUUCUUUUUGUUGUCCCCUCUUACUCGUGGAUUGGGCAACCUUCCACAUUCUUUUUAAUAUGUAUUACUAUUGAGAUAGAUUUCAUAUCGACCCCUUUUAAUGGAAAGUUAACUCAGUUAUUUACUAAAACAAAUGUAAAAGUUUAUUUAAUAAUAAAAAAUGUUAUAUGAAGUGGAGAAAUUAAUUUUGAAACAAGUUAGGUAGUAGAGAAAUUACAAGUUGCUAAUAUCAAAUUUUAUUGAGUUAUUUCAUUUUGAUAAUAUCUUGUUAUUGAUUUUUGUAUUUAUUACUUUUUUCUUUUUAUAUAUAUAUUUUUCCUUGCAGUGAAAAAGUUGUAAAAAAUAUUAAUAAGAAUAAAAUCUCUUCUAUUAAUAGCUCAAUUCACGUUGUGAUAUUUUUACAGGAAGAGACUAAGAUUUUGUUUUUUACCAUAUUAUUUUUUACACUCAAAAGCUGAAUUAGUUGGUUAAAUAUUACUAGCUCGUUGUUAGCAUGAAAGGUUUAGUCCAUUAGAACUAGAUAAUAGUUUAAGUGACUUCUAUCAAAAUAUAUAAGUUUAGGUGCUACUAGAGUAUGGAUCAAACACAAAAAGUCUUAGAAAUAUAUUGACUCUUGAAGUUACAAAAGUGAUUAAGUGUUAGGUACUUAAAAUUUAACAUCUACAAUUUGACUAAAAUCCUUAGGCACAAGAGUAAGUGUAUAUAUAUACACACACACACUUAAAAUUUAUAUAAAUAAGAACUUAAUAUUAACACUUGAAAAAUGUUGACCAAAUCAAUAUAUAAUUUAAAUACUUGACUCAUCAAUGUGGUCAAUUUUAAAGCACAUGCUUAGGAU